AUGGCCUCCGCUCAAGCCAAGUUCGAUUACUACAUCUCCCAAGUCGACGUGAGUGUUUUUCCUCCCUGCUGCCCUGCUUGCUGACCGACGAGAGCGAUCGCAAUCGUCGUCAUUUCACCUUGCUCCCCUCGGCCAAGGUCCUUUGUUCGAACUGUGCGCUGAUCCCUUGUGUGGUCUCCUUGUCACCGUUCACAGAAGGAGGUAGGUGGUUGAGCCCUUGGUCGGAUCACUCUUGAGAGUGCGGUAGCUGACCUGGUUCCUCGUACACUUCUCCCUGCCGUCCGCUUCGGCUCCGACUCGGGCUCUCCCUGCGCCUUUUCCACACCGCCUCGUCUCGCUCGCCCUGCGUCACAUCCGCACCCGGACCCUCGCACGGCCUCCCAAUCCCGAAUCGCACGCCGUGAACGUCGUCACCGCUCGCACAGUUGUCCAAGUACCCCAGUUAGUUGUCCCCGCUCGUCCAAGUCGGCAAGGCCCAGAAGACUGACCCCCCCCCCCACCCCACCGGCCCCGCCUCCCUCCCUUUCGCGCAGCCCUCAACAAGCUCGAGCAGCAGUUGAACGUGCCCAAGGCCUACGCCGUGCUCGGCGUCGGUGCCUUUUUCUCCUCGUUCAUCUUCUUCAACAUCUUUGCCGGCUUCUUGUCCAACUUGCUCGGAUGGGCCCUCCCCGCGUACCUGUCCCUCAAGGCGUUGGAGACCCCCGGUCACGAUGAGUGAGUUGUCGCUUGGGGUCAAUGGGCCGGUGGUGGCGGCGGGGGUGGGAUCGCCGCCGGGGAGCUCUCGGAGCUCGGUCGGCGAUCGAGUCAUGGCGCACCGCAAACGGAAAACUGACCCCGUCGGCGCUUUCUUCUCGCAAACAGUGACACCCAAUGGCUCACGUACUGGGUCAUCUUUGGCGGCUUCAACUUUCUCGAGUCCAUGUCGAGCGUCAUUGUCGCCUGGUCAGUUCGCCGAGCCAUUCGACUCGGGGGAACGUCAUUGGUGCGGAGCGGAGAGCUGAUGCGCCUGGGCGAGCUUGGUCUAGGUUCCCUUACUACUACACGUUCAAGACCAUCUUUAUCCUCUGUGAGUUGGCCUGCGCUGGCUGGUGCAAAGAAUGAGGCACUGAUCCGUCUCUCGACUCCGUGCAGACUUGAUCCUCCCGUACGCUAUUCGAAUCCCACCUGGAGACCGCGCAGGAAGACGUGUGAACUGACUUUUGCCUGAUGUGAUUCCCUUCCGCAGCUCGACCCGCGGCGCGACCGUCGUCUUCAACAAGGUGCUUCGACCCGUCAUCGCCAACAACAAGCCUGCGACGUCGACCACGCCCGUGGCGAACCCCCAAUAA